CUCGGGGGCUCCGGCUUGGUCUUCGGGAGCCGGGCCGCCUCCUCGGCCCCUCGCUCGCACCCUUCGUGUAGCUGCUCUGGAAUGUGCUACAUUCCUCUACGGCGCUUCUAAAACUUCAACGCGUGUUAAAACAUUAGAUACAGCCUGCAGUCUAACUUGCAUUCGUGAAGCCUCUGAUUUGAUCCUCCCCCAGUUGGCCAAGUUUUCUGUUCCUUUAACCUCCCCAAACUCUCCCUCCUGACAGUGCCUGGACUGCUGCUUUCCUCAACCAACUCACUUUCUUCUCCCACUGCCAGUUGGCAUAUGUUCCCUGCGUUUCCUCAGUCAAUGCUCCUGCCAUCCCAGCCUUCCCAAAGUAUUCCACUGGCAAACAGUCCCUGGCUGCCUCCCUCCCACACCCCCUCCAGAAAAAGUCUGACUUCUCUGCACCCAGAAGUCGCACGGAGAGCUGCCAUUGGCACAUGUUUUUCCAUUGUUCUUCACUGUUGUUUUGUGGAUUUAGAAAUUCUUAUUUUUUUAGGAUGCCUACCUUGGUAUAAUUGCAUUUUCGCGCUUUAAUAUGAGGCAGCAGUCUUGAACUUCUUCCUUGAACAGCAUGUCACGCGGUGGUUUAAAAUCUGCAGAGGAGCUAUUGCAGAUCUCGGAAAGUCCGCCGGAAUAACACUGCCAAUAAAAGCUUUCAUCAUGGGGGACAUGAAAACCCCAGACUUUGAUGACCUCUUGGCUGCUUUUGACAUCCCUGAUCCGACUAGCCUUGAUGCCAAGGAGACCAUCCCGUCAGCUGGGGAGGAGAAUGAGAAUCACCUGAAGUCAUCAGGAAUCUGCAUAGAUGAGAAUGUGUCCUUAUCCCACUCUUUGCCUCCCUCUGAUGCUCCUGUUGUGAGUGUUAUUGUGAAGAACACAAGUCGUCAGGAGUCCUUUGAAGCAGAAAAGGAAGGGAAUCAUCUCGGGGCUGGUCUGUUACACAAUGGAUUUCGUGGAUCUGAUCUGCCAUCAGAGGCUCACGCUUUAGUGCAUAAUUAUGGGAAGUUUGAGUCAACUUUUAUUAAUGGUGAUAGCUCAAGAAGUUACUCUGAAAAACUGGACCAGUCCAAGUCAGAGCCUUUACCAACAUUUAGUCAGUUUAGCCCUAUUUCCAGCCCUGAACCAGAGGAUGCAUUCAAAGAGAACAGUAUUGGUGAUAAACCAAAACAUGCCCAAACUCCAUAUUUUCCACCACCGUCAAUGUAUGUUCCAACAGGAGCUUCAGUACUAGAUCAUCUUAGGAAGGUACCAGAGCCAGAAUUAAGCAUGUUUGAUCAGUAUUGUAAAAAGGAACAAAAGAUGGAAAUCCACUGCCAGCCAGAAAGUAGGCUGGAAAUGAGCAGAAGAGAACAAGACAAAGCGACAGAGAGAUUUGUGGAAUCAAGCAAGGACUUGGUAGAUACCAAUAGUUUUCUUGGAGAAGGCUUGGUGUUUGGAGACCUCCCUAACAGUAAUUUAGGAGAAAGUAAAGGAUCUGUGCCUGAGCUGAACAUAUACUCAUCGGUACCGCCUCGCCAGAGGUUAAAGCCAACUCAUUCAAAGUUGUCAUCCUGCGUGGCUGCGUUAGUAGCUCUUCAGGCCAAAAAAGUUGCAUGUAUUCCAAAAGGUGAUCAGCUGAGUCUUACAAAAGAACCUUCUGGUCCUUUUAAAGAUGGAACAAAGGGAAGUCCGAAAAUGCCGAAGUCACCAAAGAGUCCGCGAAGCCCCUUAGAGGUGGUAAGGAAGGCCAGCAAGCAGCCUGAGAGUCCUCGAAGUGUGUGCAGUGAUAGCAGUGGGAAAGGCUCUCCUUCCAUGGCAGCAGGCUCUCCUCCAGCUAUUCCCAAAGUUAGGAUAAAGACUAUCAAGACAUCCUCUGGUGAAAUUAAAAGAACUGUAACUAGAAUUUUGCCAGAAAAUGAUGAGUUGGGCAAAUCUUCAGAAGAAUCACCUGUGGAAACCUCAUCUGCUGAAGAGUUUCUCAAGUCUUUACCUUCCCCUGACACUAGCGCAGUAAUGGAAAACGAGGCUAGCAAGAAUUCAACCAAAAAUGGGGCUGCUGUGGCUAUCCAGCUGUCAAAUGUAGUGAGUCCUUACGCAGAUGGUAUGAAAACAGAUAUUACUGCAAAUAAUGCAUCUGCUGUGUCUCUGUCUCCACUGCCAAACUGCAGCAGUGGUGCCAUAAAAGUAGGUAUUGUGGGUCAGCAGCUGAACAAGCGGCAGCAGCAGGGCAUCGUGGUGCAACCAUCUAAUGCGACCAACUCCAGUCUUCUUCCUAAAGCUGUGCACUUGGCAAAUCUCAACUUAGUUCCACAUAGUGUUGCUGCUUCCGUUACAGCAAAGUCAUCCGCUCAGAGGCGAAGUCAACCUCAGUUGACACAAAUGUCUGUGCCACUGGUACAUCAAGUAAAGAAAGCUGCUCCUGUAAUUGUGGAGGCAUUUAAUAAAGUACUACACAGUGCCAAUCCGGUGCCAAUAUAUACUCCAAACCUUAGCCCUCCACCUGACACCAGUAUUAAUUUACCUGCUUCUGGGUAUUGUUGCCUGGAAUGUGGGGAUUCGUUUGCCUUAGAGAAAAGCCUAACUCAACACUAUAGUAGACGAAGCGUUCAUAUUGAAGUCAUGUGCACUCAGUGUUCAACUAUGCUACUUUUUUUUAAUAAGUGUAGCUUGCUUAAACAUGCGAGAGAUCAUAAGAGCAAAGGAUUUAUCAUGCAGUGUUCCCAGCUGCUAAUGAAACCAAUUUCCUUAGACCAAAUGUUUUCACCUUCUCCUACGAGCUCUUCGGUGUCUUUGGCUCCUCAGACUUUGCACUUCCCUUCUCCUUCACGUAAACCCAAUGCUACUUCAGGAAGUGGCGUAGGAAUUUCUUCUAACACUCAACCAGCCUUGCCUCUGUAUACGGACCCUUUGAGACUAACUCGUCAUGGACUUAAGUGUCUUGAAUGUAACAAGCAGGCGCAAGAUUACAUUGCUUUAGCAGCACAUUACCAGAGAACCUCAGAAGAUAAUGAGAGACUGACAUGUCAAGUGUGCCAGAUGAUGCUACCUAACCAGUGCAGUUACUGUGCUCAUCAAAGAAUCCAUGCUCACAAGUCUCCCUACUGCUGCCCGGAGUGCGGAGCAGUGUGCCGGUCCGCCUAUUUCCAAACCCACGUCAAGGAAAACUGCCUGCAUUACUCCCGCAAAGUUGGAUUCAGGUGCAUCCAUUGUGGAGUUGUCUUUAUGACCCUAGCCAUGCUGAAAGUGCACAUUCAUGAGAAACACUGCGAAGUCUUCCACAAGUGUUCUUUUUGUCCGAUGGCCUUCAAGUCAGCUGACAGCACCACUGCUCACAUGACUAGCCAGCACCCAAAAGAGCCUCACAAGACUACUCAGGUGAUCUACAAAUGCUCCUGCGAGACUGUCUUUAACAAGAAGAAACUGCUCCAAGAGCACUUUCAGCAGAAUACCAACAAGUUGUUAGUGGGAGUGUUUAAGUGCCCGCAGUGUCAGCUGGUGUAUAUGCAGAAGCAGCAGUUAAUGCAGCACGUUAAGGGUGUUCAUGGAGUCCCCCAAAAUCCUGAGGAGCUCUCAAACUUUCGACAGAAGUCUGAGAAAGCAUCAAGGAACCAGGUUCACACCUCACCAAAGGAGCUGUCAGCAGCCAAUGGGACUUCCCACUCCUCUCUGCCGAGGAAAGACAUGAGGGUGGAACACAAUCCCGAAUCAAAGUCCAGACUGAGAAGAACUGGUUGGACUUGUAAGGAAUGUUCACAGUGGAUGCCCGAUCGGGAAACCUUUGUGUCCCACAUGAAGAGAAGUCAUGGAAGGUCUAUGAAGAGAUAUCCCUGUCGACAGUGUGAACGCUCAUUUAAUGCCUCUAACAGUCUGCGUAGACACAUCCGCAAUAAUCACGACACAGCAAAGAAAGUUUACACUUGCUGGUACUGCACAGAUGAGAACCAGACAUUUCCUCAGCCGUUCAUGCUGGAGAAUCACAUCAGCCUCAUGCACGGCAUCAAAAACCCAGACUUAUCGCAGAUGGCCAAAGCAAAAGUUCCCGAGAGAGACACAGCAGAAGCAAGAUCUCCAAAGAGGAUGUCAACAGAUGAGCUGGGUCAGGCAGAGACCACUGCUGGUUCAGACAUGCCGCCAGCCAAAAGACUGAAAGCACAUUGGAAAUGUGCUAAAUGUGGAUUUGCAACAGACAUCAGUACUGAAUUUCAGGAACACAUACCUCAGCACAAGACGGACAGCUCUACGUAUCAGUGCUUGUUCUGUGGCUUGUGUUACACAUCUCAUAUCUCUCUGAACAGACACCUCUUCAUUGUUCAUAAAGUAAAAGAUGAGGAGGAGGAGGAGGAGGAGGAUGACGAGGAGGAGGAGGAGGAUGAAGAGGAGGAGCAAGAGGAGGGGGAAGAAGAGACCGAGAAGUUACAAACAGAGAUGAAUGAGAAUGGACAUGAGGGGUAUAAUGGUGAGAUGAACACUACGGUGGAAGAAGAAAAUCUGAAAUGCAAAGAGUGCAAAACUGACUCAGCUCUUUGUGAACACAGUCAGACGUGUGGUGUGGAGGGUCCUAAUAGCACCUCUCAGAACAAUCAUUCAAAGUCUUUUAAGACUUAAAAAAAAAAACCUUUUAGUUGGUUGGGGUUUUUUGUUUGGGGGAGGGUUUUUACUCAAAAUACCAGGUGGGGAAUGGGGCAAAUCGUUGAAAUAGUCUGUUGAUUUCUUGGGAUGGACGUUGCUUUCCGUUAACUUCUGUUUGUAAGGGAAAUUUAAAAAAGAAAAAACCCCGCCAUUGCAUCCUAAGCACUAAAUCUCUGCCAGAUCAGAGAGGUGAAAAGGGAAAGCAGGGCGAGAAUCCUCGCUGGAAUUUGUCCAUCUCCCGAGGAUCAAGGAGCACUUUCUGCAACUGCAGUUUCCUUAAGAUGAGCUCUCUUCCUUCGAGUGUGCACUGCCUCAGCCUCUGCCUGGAGCCCCAGCCUUCCCUUCCCUCUCUUGCUUUCUUUCUCCCAGUAUUUAUGACUAAUUUUUCUCUUCCCAUCCUGCCUUUGUUUUACUCGUUUUAAUUCAUAAUGCUGUCUCGGCGAAAUGUCAGGACUAUGCUGGCUGAAACAAGAUCUCCUACAUUACACAGGACAGGUGCAAGCUGCAAGUUGUACUGAAGCUUCAGACAGUUUUUUCAUUGCCCUGGUAACAGUCUUAUUUCCCACAAGGUAAUUUAAUGAAAUGUUAUGGAUUUGAAUCCUCCUCAAAGAGAAUCUCAUAGCUACCGUCCUCUUGUGUGAGCAGAGCUCAAAAGCACGUGUCACAGAUUGACAAGGGCCUGGUCCGCCCCAGGGACUUGUCGGUUCUAUGUCAAUAUAGCUGCACUGCUGGAAGCUAUAUAGAAGGUGGGUAUAGCCAGCUGUAGGCUGGGCCUGGCACGCUGUGGCUUAUCCCUGCUCGAAGCUCAGGCAGAGCGACGUGGCCGGUGAGUACGGCACCAUAAACACUUGUGCCUCUCUGUGCUAGCGAGGAGCACUGGAGAUUGAAUGUCACGAUCCACAGAAUAGGAAAACUCUCCCCUCCCCGUCUCGCUAUCGGCUGGA